AUGUCUUCCACCAAAUUGAACCCCAAGAACUUUCCCAGGCCUCCAUUGUGUGAGCGUACGAGCAGGCAUCUCCAGAUCAAAUGGAAAGGCGAAGUGGUCGCCGACACUAAAGACUGCGAGGGCGGAGCUUUCUGGGUAUUGGAGACAUUCCAUCCGCCCACAUACUACAUCUCGCCUUCGGCAUUGAAGAUGCCAAUUGAAAAGAGCAGCAGUAGAUCGACCUACUGCGAAUGGAAGGGUAACGCAACAUACUGGGACAUAGCUGGAGUAAAGGGGAAGUGCUGGUCAUACGAGAACCCUUCAGAUCGGUUCAAAGGCAUCAAAGACUACCUCAGCUUCUAUGCCGCGCCUUGGGACUGCUACGUCGACGGGGAGAAAGUAGAAGCACAGCCAGGCGACUUCUAUGGUGGCUGGAUGACAAGCGACAUCGAACAGGAAUCCGUAAAAGGGGCGCCCGGUACACGACACUGGUGA